GAAAAAAAACAAGGACAUGUCUAAAUGACCCCACACUUUGGAACGGUAGUGUAUAUAUUAUAUAAUAAACCAUUUAUAUACAUUUUAUAUCAGUUCCUUCCAGCUAGGCAGAGAGGGUGUAGAAACAGGUUACCAAGCAGUCUGCAGAAACAGGCUACCAAGAAGACUGCAGAAACAGGCUACCAAGCAGACUGUAGAAACAGGCUACUAAGAAGACUGCAGAAACAGGCUACCAAGCAGACUGUAGAAACAGGCUACCAAGAAGACUGCAGAAACAGGCUACCAAGCAGACUGUAGAAACAGGCUACUAAGAAGACUGCAGAAACAGGCUACCAAGCAGACUGUAGAAACAGGCUACUAAGAAGACUGCAGAAACAGGCUACUAAGAAGACUGCAGAAACAGGCUACUAAGAAGACUGCAGAAAUAGGCUACCAAGCAGACUGUAGAAACAGGCUACUAAGAAGACUGCAGAAACAGGCUACCAAGUUACCAAGAUGGCCGCUUUGAAAGAUUUUUUGAAAGCUGAUGAUAUUCAGAAGGCCCUUGAUGCAGUCAAAGCGGAGGGUUCCUUCGACCAUAAGAAGUUCUUUGCUCUGGUGGGCCUGAAGGCAAUGACUCCUGACAAUGUCAAGAAGGUGUUCCAGGCUAUUGAUGCUGACCAGAGUGGAUUCAUUGAGGAGGAGGAGCUCAAGUUUGUGCUGAAGAGUUUCGCUGAGGACGGCAGAGACCUGACCGACGCAGAGACCAAAGCCUUCCUUAACGCCGCUGACAAGGACGGAGAUGGAAAGAUCGGCAUCGACGAGUUUGAAGUCUUGGUCCAUGAGGUGUAAAGAGCACCUCUAGUCUCCCCCUUUCUCCUCCCCCCCCCCCCCCCCCCCCCCCCCCAUCACCCAAAAAGCACCAUCCAGUCCAGGGUGAAGUUUCUCCUCCACACAGAUCUAGGAUCACCUUCCCCAAUCCUCCCAACCUUAACCAUUAGUCGGGGAAAAAUGCCAACUGACCCAAGAUCAGCGUCAAGGCUACUUCACCCUACUCCGCACCACGCAGGCCCGGUCUCUCUAACCAGAAACAGUACCAGAGACGUCCACCAGGGGGAGGUAGAGAGGGGACUCCCCAACAAGCACUACUGUAUUUAUUUGUAUGUUUUUCUACCGCACCAACAUACUGUAUAUAUGUCCUGUUUUGAUUUGAAAACAUCAUGACUGUCUCAUUUUAAAAGAAAACCUUUCCUGUAGAUAUAAUGUGCCAGACACCUUCCCUUUCCUCUCUAGCCGUCUAUGGACCCUAUGUCACCUUACCCAAAUGGCACCCUAAUCCCUUUAUAGUGCACUACUUCCAGAGGGUGCCAAAAGGGAAUAGGGAGCUAUUUUUAAUAGAGUGCCAUUUUUGGGGGACUGAACCCAUACAACCUGUGUCUCUCAUUCUUUAUUUUUUCCACCUCACACAUACCUCACACGUACCCUCCUUCCGUUCCUUUCCUCCCUCCCUCAUUUCCUCCUUCCUCUCUCGUCGGGUGAUGAGAUGUAUAAAUAAAGAGGUAGAGUGGUGAAGAGAGAGAAAUUAUUCAAAAUAAGAAAUACUAAGAAAUAAAACACCUUGAGUAAAAUGA